CUGAUCUUCAGCAUUUCUUUUUUUUUCGCGUAUCUUUAUCUUUCAAAUCAGUAAUGGCAGAAGAACGACCCGUUGUAUUUUUUGAUAUAUCUAUCGGAGAUGUCCCCGUGGGUCGGAUGAAGAUGGAAUUAUUCUCGGAUAUUGUCCCAAAAACUGCAGAAAACUUUAGACAGUUGUGCACAGGAGAAUUCAAGCGUAAUGGCGUUCCCCAGGGUUUUAAAAACUGUCUUUUCCACAGAGUAAUUAAGGAUUUUAUGGUUCAAGGCGGUGAUUUCUUAAAAGGUGACGGUACAGGUUCCAUGAGCAUCUAUGGUGAAAGAUUCCAUGACGAGAACUUUACUGUGAAACACGAUCAGUCAGGAUUAUUGUCUAUGGCAAACUCUGGUCCAAACACCAACGGAUGCCAGUUUUUCAUCACCUGUGAAAAGUGCGAGUUUUUGGAUGGAAAGCAUGUUGUGUUUGGCCGUCUAGUGGAUGGUUUACUGACUCUCAGAAAGAUUGAAAAUGUAUCAACAGGCCCCAACAAUCGCCCUAAGCUUCCUGUCAAAAUCACUGAAUGUGGACAAAUGUAAGUUUGUCUGGAUAAUACACCACAAUGAAAACUUGUAUUGCGAAUUGGAUUUAAGCGCCAGGGGUUUGUAUACAGCAUAAUUGCAGCGGGAGUUCUUUUUAAAGCGAAAAGGAAGAAGAUGGAAGUACUGGAACUCUGAAAACCACAAUAUAACACAGUAAUAAAAACGGGACUUAUUCAAGCAUG